AUAAAAUUCGCAUCCCUACCCGGCACACCCUUAGACCGGCCGUGUGGGAAGGGAACGGCCCUACUUCGUACGGCCUCGGCAAUUUUCACAUGAUCCGCGAAUUACAAAGCUUCAAUUGACAAACCUCGAGCUUAAAGCUUUUAAGCUCCUCAAAACUUACGUCAACGACUCGUAAGAAACAACUUUCACCUGUUAUCAAUACAGUUUUCUUUAACAUUCCAAUUCCAAUUCCAAUUCCGAUUUUGAGUUGGAAUUUUAGUGUCCUGCGUUUUCGGAUCGUCUGGCGCAAGUGGGAUGUGAAGGAAAGGAAACCGUAAAACGACAUUACAUCACAUAUUACAUUACAUAUAUACCUACAUAUAAGAGACGAGAUUCAAACCCGCAAUGGCAUCAGUAGCAGCAGUAUCCUUGCCGCGCGCUAUCCUGCGCUCGGCUCAGAGGCCCUCCGCUGCAGCUGCUCGACUCCUCUUGCUCCGCCGUCCACUAAGCAACACCCGUGCCGCGCGGGCCGAUGUCUUUGCGCACAACCCGCCGCCCAUGGAGCCGCACAAGCAGCGCGGCCCGCAACAAACCCAAGACAUUGGAGUCGGUGAGCUCGAGGGCACUGAGUUCCGUGUUGAGCCAAUGCGCCGGGCCGGCGAGGAUGAUGCUACUAUCCGCGCCCGGCUAGUCUACCAGAGCCGCAAGCGCGGAACCCUCGAAUCAGACCUUCUACUCUCCACCUUUGCGGACGAGUACCUACCCACCAUGACCCGCGAGCAGAUGGAGCAGUACGACCGCUUCCUCGACGAAAACGACUGGGACAUAUACUACUGGGCCACGCAGGGCCCCCCCUCCAACAACAACACCUCCUCUUCUUCCGAGACACCCCCCUCCAUAGCAACAGAAAACACCAGCUCCGCGGACUACGCCGGCGGUGCCGAGGCUGCUAUCUCGGAAGCCACACCUCUAGACACUAACUCUUCGUCCAGUCCGGCAACUACCACUACAACCACCACCUCGGAGCACUUAACCACAGGCGGCGCCCCGCUCUCAGGCGACUCGUCCCAGAAGGAAUCCGCGGCGGCGAGCGCUGCCGCCGCCGCAUCGGCGGAGCCGUACCGCACGCAGGCCGAGACGGGCGAGUGGGCGCAGACCAUAGGGACUUUUAAGCCGGCGUAUCGGCCUGUGCCCGCGCGGUGGCGCGACAGUGAGGUGCUGCUAUUACUGCGGGAGCAUGUGAAGGCGCGGUCGAAGGAGAGGGGCGGUAUGGCGUUUAUGCCUUCGCUGCGAUGAAGGGGAUUUGGUGGACUUGCAUGCACGCACUUCAAGGGAAUAGUAUGAAAAUCAUGCAUGGCAGGUAAGGGUGCGUAACCUCCUUGCUGUGUGAUUACUACGGAAGCUUUAUGUAUGAUUAUAUAUAUUGUGCUGGGAUGACAGGGAGCACGAGAUAAAACGGAACGUAUAAAAGUAUAUAUGGUAGUGGGUGGUCUUGGCAGUGUACGAUUCUGUGGGUUGGUGUUGAGGAAUAUACACAUCAUAUAUGCAUACCUACCUAGGUACCUAGGUACACAUGUGUAUCCUAGAGCUGAAUGAGACAGAAGUCUCAAAAAUAAACAUACUACUUAGGUGGUACUCUUGGCACAUAAUAUAACGACUAGCUCAUAUUUCGAAGUGCUUACCAGAC